AAUCAUUUACGAUACAAAAUGUUGACAUUCAAGAAAUGUCUCAGAAAAUACUCACAAUUAUAAUAGUUUAUAAGUAAUGGGGAAAAAAUCUAAUUCAGCCAUAACGAGUAAUAAAUAUGAAUCCAGGAGCGGUGUCCCACUGACCGGAGCCGGCGAUUGGUUGGCAGGUGAUGUUAGCAGUCUCGAUUGGGUGGUCCAACACACGCCUUUAUUCAGCCUGGAGGUCCACAACAGGCAAGGUGAUUCAUGCGCGUCUGACUGACGCCACAGUAAGGAUGCUGUCGGCACGGAGGGCAUGUGCGAGGGUGGCUGCCCAGCGCCUGGCCAGAGUGUGCGUCUCCUCCUGGGCGCACCAGCAGCGCUCCGCCAUUCACACGUCCCCAUCACAGCUCCAGGACCGGGUCGAGCUGCACCCUGAAUGGGCCAGCUUGGCCAAGACACAGUUGAAGGGGAAGAACCCAGAAGAUCUCAUCUGGCGCACACCCGAGGGGAUCAACAUCAAGCCCGUGUACACAACGGUGGACUCUGCAAAUUGUGCUGAUGAGUUGCCAGGGGUGUUUCCGUACACCAGGGGGCCCUAUCCCACCAUGUACACGUACAGGCCGUGGACAAUCAGGCAGUAUGCGGGCUUCAGUACCGUGGAGGAGAGCAACAAGUUCUAUAAAGACAACAUCAAAGCUGGACAGCAGGGCCUCUCUGUGGCUUUCGACCUCCCCACGCACCGAGGCUACGACUCCGACAACCCCCGGGUCCACGGGGACGUCGGCAUGGCCGGAGUAGCCAUAGACACGGUCGAGGACAUGAAGAUGCUCUUCGACGGUAUCCCACUGGAGAAGAUGUCCGUUUCCAUGACGAUGAACGGAGCGGUCAUCCCUGUGUUGGCCAUGUUUAUAGUGACUGGAGAGGAGCAGGGUGUGUCCAAAAAGAAACUCACUGGCACCAUUCAGAAUGACAUUCUGAAAGAGUUUAUGGUGCGGAACACCUAUAUUUUCCCCCCAGAACCUUCAAUGCACGCCAUUGCCGACAUCUUCGCUUAUACCUCUAAGCACAUGCCCAAGUUCAACUCUAUAUCCAUCAGUGGCUACCACCUGCAGGAGGCUGGAGCCGACGCCAUCCUGGAAGUAGCCUACACCAUCGCCAACGGCCUGGAGUACUGUCGCACCGGCCUGAAGGCAGGCUUGACGAUCGAUGAGUUCGCUCCAAGAUUGUCAUUUUUCUGGGGUAUUGGCAUGAAUUUCUACAUGGAGAUCGCUAAGCUGAGAGCAGCCAGAAGGCUUUGGGCCACGCUCAUUAAAGAAAACUUCCAGCCCAAUAAUGCCAAGUCUCUCCUCCUGCGCACUCACUGCCAGACAUCAGGCUGGUCUCUCACCGAGCAGGAUCCAUACAACAAUGUGAUCCGCACGGUGAUCGAAGCGAUGGCCGCCGUGUUCGGGGGGACCCAGUCGCUCCACACCAACUCGUUCGAUGAAGCUUUGGGCUUGCCCACGGUGAAGAGCGCCCGCAUUGCCAGGAACACCCAGAUCAUCAUCCAGGAGGAGUCUGGCAUCCCCAGAGUGGCGGAUCCGUGGGGGGGCUCACACAUGAUGGAGGCGCUCACAGAUGACGUCUACCAGGCUGCUAUGAAGUUCAUUACAGACAUUGAGGAGAUGGGAGGCAUGGCCAGAGCUGUGGCAGAGGGUAUUCCAAAACUUCGUAUAGAAGAAUGUGCAGCUCGAAGACAGGCUCGCAUCGAUUCGGGAUCAGAAGUCAUUGUCGGGGUCAACAAGUACCGUCUGGAAAAGGAGGAGACUGUGGAGGUGUUGGCAAUAGAUAACACUACUGUACGUCAGAAGCAGAUUGAAAAACUGAAAAAGGUGAGAGAGAGUCGUGAUCCUGAGGUAGCAAAGAGGUGUCUGCUAGCCAUUGAAGAGUGUGCCAGGACCAGGGAGGGCAACCUUCUGGCGCUGGCUGUGGAGGCAGCUCGAGCCAGAUGUUCUGUCGGUGAAAUCACGGAUGCCAUGAAGAAAGUGUUUGGCGAGCACAAGGCCAGCACCAGGAUGGUGAGCGGGGCCUACCGCAGCGAGUACGGGGAGCAUGAGGAGAUCGCCCUGGCCAACAACAGAGUUGCAGACUUUAAGAAGCAUGAGGGCAGGAACCCUCGCCUGCUGGUGGCGAAGAUGGGACAGGACGGCCACGACAGAGGAGCCAAAGUCAUCGCCACCGGGUUUGCAGACCUGGGCUUUGACGUGGACAUCGGCCCGCUCUUUCAGACUCCUGUGGAAGUUGCCCAGCAGGCGGUGGAUGCGGACGUGCACUGCGUUGGGGUCAGCACACUCGCUGCAGGACACAAGACUCUCGUCCCCGAGCUCAUCAAGGAACUACGGAAGCUCAACAGGCCAGAUAUCCUGGUCAUCUGUGGAGGCGUCAUCCCACCACAGGACUAUGAGUUCUUGUAUCAGAGUGGCGUGUCCGCCAUCUUCGGCCCUGGAACCAGGAUCCCCCAAGCGGCAGUGGAGGUCGUCGACAACAUUGAAAAGAGCCUGGAGAAAAUUCGACAGGCCAUGUGAAUGUGAAAACGAAGCGAUUCCUUCAUGCUGUGAUGGCAGUGUCACAGAAAAGAGCCCUGACUUUUGUACAUUGGUUGUAAAAAUGUAUUUGCUUACUUUGGUUUGACACUUGUGCACUUGCCAGUUUUGUGCUAGUAUCAACAAAUAUUAGGAAUAAAAAUGGGUCAUAAUCAAUACCAGACCAUUAUCUGAUCAUGAUCAUUCUGUAUGUAUAAUUUAAACUCACAGAACAGUGACUGCAAUCUGAUGGAGUAUUUUUCUAAGUAUGAUUCUGAAUAAAAAAAGAAAUUUGGAAA